ACUCCAAUAUACUGGUAUCAUUUAUUGCGUUUUGUUUCUAAACUGCUUCAAUGGCGUCAAAGGUCAGAUACUCGUACUAAAAGAAAACGGAAAACGAGGACACAUACAGCAAUAAUUGUAAUAUAAGAAAUCCAAUUCAAUUUUUAUGCAUAUUUUAUUGCUAACAGUUUGACAAAUAUUUUAUUUUAUUUCUUGCUUCUUGCAAAAUACCCGUUGCAAAAAUGCAAGAUCGAAACGCUAUGAAAGUUGACAUUAUAUAUGUUUAGAUUUUUGCGGCGGUAAGCAAAGUUUUCAUGUGAUUGUAUUUCUCAUGCUACCUAUCCAAUUCUGUAAUUUAUCUACUAUAUCUCACACAAUGCAACGAUGUUAAACGAUGAAUCCGAACAAGAAAAUACAGAAUACUAAAAACAAUCAAGCCCAAGCAAGUCCAUGGCUACUAUGUCCAUCGAAGAGUUUCCCCGGAAAGUUUUACUAUUUCAAUGGUUCAACCGGAGAGACCGCAUGGAGCCUUAGCGAUACAGAUAAAAUCUUGAAAAAGGGCCCAAUCCAUAGAGUAACAGAUAAAACUCACAUCUAUCCUGAACCAUUUGAGCCACCCUUAGAUGACAGUACCAACACAACAAACUCCUUAUCUUUAAAAAACAUUGGCAACACAUUUACCCACAAUGUCAGGCCUUCCCCCGUAUUUGGGCAAGCGGUGUUCCCGAAAUAUGUCCCACCGGACAACUUAACACCGAAAUAUGUAUGGGCACUGACACCUAUGUAUGUGCCAAGUGAAAUGCCGCAACACAAGCAAAUGUUGUAUCAAAUAACACAGGCAUAUGAGUCAGAGUCAAUGUUUGUUCCAUCUUUAAACAGCCAAGCACUCAAAAGACCAACUUUCCAAGAGUUCCAAUUUCAAAACUCAACACCAUUUCAGCAUUUUAAAGAGACACCAAUGUUUGACCAAGCUACAGACUUUGAACCAAUGGUUCCCAAACCGAAGAUGAAGGAUGAAGCUUGUCAAACAUUUGUACCAAGACUACAAACAAAUAUAACCCAAACAGAAAGCGAUAUAACACCAAAAUCUGCUCUAAAACCAAGCAGGUCUGUGAAAAAUCUUUCAUUAACUAGAGAUGUGGAAACAUCAACUCUAAGCCCUCUGAGUAAGGUUGAGAAUAUAAAUGACAAGUUCAGUGAGCUGGAUAAGAAUGAUUUGAGGUUUAAGCUGGUGGCUAAAAAGAAGAAAGUGGAAACUGUUGUGGGAGAGAAGACAGAAAGAUUAACAGACCAAUCGAAAACAACUAAAAUACGGGAAGGCUUGCCACCAGGAAGCAUGCUGCCAAAGAAACGUGUGACCUUCGCCCUUCAGGAGCCAGGAGCCAGUAACACCAGCUCGGAAGGUGUGCAGGUAACUGACCAGAGCCCCGGCCCUCACAAAGAAGGGCCCCAUUGGUACGUCGCUGUCGACACGGAAGCAAUACUAUCAGGUUUGCAGUGCAUAGAUGACUUCGUUAAAAGCGAUACCAGCUGUCGAUUGCUAGUCCCUCACGCAGUAUACUCAGAGCUGGAAUGGCUGAGUCGUGGAGUCAGCGGAGCGGUAUGCGCGCGACAAGUGCUUAGGAAGUUAAACGCCCACGACAACCGCAUCGUUGUACAAAGUAAACCAGAAUACGAGUUAUCACCGGAAGACAGCAUUCUACAGUGCUGCUGGAAUCUACUACGGGAGGACUGUCAUGUGAUUCUCAUAACAAUUAACGAGAACAUAAUAAAUAAAGCAAAAACAAUUAAUUUAGAAUGCUAUACUGUGGACGAUAUCAAAAUGGACGAAUGCAUUGAUAACGAAAUCGAACCUGUACCCCAAAAUGAUUUAGCAAGGCUGAAAAUUAUACUACAAAAUGAUAACAAAAAAUCAAUAAUAGUAGAAAAGGAUACAAAGAAAUCAGAAAAUCUUUUUUUGCAAAAUUUGAAGGAAAUUAAUGGUUUUUCUUUGACUAAACCCAAUGGUUUUAAUAUACGCCCGUCUAUAAUGAAUAUAUUUAACGCUGAAACUGAUAAUGGUAAUGUCUUUAGUGAAAUGGACUCUAGUUCUGAUAAACUAAUAAAUUUAACGACACCAAAGGAGAAAGUAAAAUCUGUAUUCAGUUCUGAAAUAACUAACGUAAAAAAUAAAAUUGUGAAACUUAGUAUUACAGAAAAUAGUCCUGUACAGAAUCGAACCAAACAGAUUAUGGAAAAUGUGUUUCGGAACACGGGGCUAAAUGAUAAAAUCGGUCAAAACCCAUCCUUUGAUCUAGGAAAACACUGUAAACAAAAUGCCAGUGCCAAAAUAAAUAUAGAUAAAAUUAAUCAGAUUAAAAGUGUUGAAAAUAUCGACGCAAUCGAUUUAGAUAAAAGAAGACUGAACGUGAUAGAAAAUAAUCAAGAAAAAUCUAGAGAUACUAUAAAAGUAAGCAGUAUCACCAAAUUGAAUAAUCAACUCAAUUUGGAAGAAGAAUUAGGUAGAUUUUGCAUUAAAAACUCUGUUAUGGAAACCAGAGUUAAAAGGAGAUUAGAUGAAUGGAUUUGUCGUUUGAGUCAAACCAUGGAAGGAGUUUUAACAGAUCUCCUUUUGAAAGAAAAAACUAAGUCUAAAAGAAUGAUGCCACCUAAGAAUCCCCUGUUUGAAGUAAUUCAAGGAACAGGCGAAAUAUUCAAAAAGCACGCAAAUGUAAAACUUGUUAUUGAUCAGUUUCCAAUAGAACUGAUAAGUUGCAGUUCUAACAACGGAAAAUUAAAGAAAGAUUUAAAACCAAACGAAUUUAUGAAACUGGUGGGCUUCAGUGUGAUUCUUAUAGAACAACUGAAAGAGAUUGUAAAUUGUAAAGAACUGUACGAAGCAGAAGAAAUGUUAGAUUAUUUGAUCAAAAACAUAGAAGAUCCUAAGACUGAUAUAGAGCUGUCUUUAGAAAAAGUUAACACGCCUUUGUUUAGUAGAAGUGAAAUUGAAGAUCAAAAAACACCGAUAGCUUUCAUAAAGAGUCGAACGGAAGUUCUAGAAUAUUUGAAAAAAACAUUUUGCACCGUGGCAAAUGAAACAGAUACGACACAUACUUUCGAUGCCGUUGAUAACGAGCCAAAUAUACUAAUAACUUCUGGUAAAAACUUGAAUACGCUAAAAAUUAAUAACACUAGAACUAUUACUGUAGAAAAGAAUACACACAGUGUGCCCAAUAACACACAAACUAACAAUGAAAGUAGUGUGAAAUUAAAUCUCAAUAAUCAACCAAAAGUAAUAAGAAACGUUAAAAUUAUAGACGCUUUUGAAGAAAGACUUAAAGAGCAUGCACAAUUGGAAUUAGAUGUGCUUGAUAAUGAAGAAAACGAUUCUGUGUAUACUAUGUCAGAUAUUACUGAGAUUAAAAGUGAAAAACCUGAUGAAUACGAUGUUAUAGAUGACUUAUCUUUGUCAAAAAGCGACGCUGAUACAGAAUGUAUUCGAGCGUAUCCAUUAGCCAGGAUAUUUUUAAUUAAGGUGAAGAGUACUUUAUUACGGAUAUUUAAAUUCAUCAAUACAAGCAUACAAGAGUAUCAAGAGGGAAUGUCCGCGGACAAAGAAGCUGACAUGAAAUGGAAGACUGAACUUGCUCGUAAUUAUUUGCUGAAAAUUGCUGAAAGACUGGAAAAUAUCAUCGCAAGAGAAUCUGGCGACGGGAUGACCCUGAAACUUCUCCUUAUUCAAGCAGGGGAUUAUGUAGAGGACGACGUUAUGAUGGCUAAUUUUAAACAAACAGUCACCAAGUUCCUUGAACAAGUUUACAAACUGGAAGAAAUUCUACAAUAUCUGCCAUCUCUCCCUAACGCUGGGACUUGGAAAGAGAGCGACAAAACAUACUCUCCUUUUGUAGAUACAAGCCCGAUUCUACCCUCCCGGAUGCGAAAUAAAGUGGUACAACUAACCAAUAUGUCAGUAUGUAACACUUGAGAAAAAACAACGGGUUGCACUCCGGGAGUGCCGGCAGAAGUGAAAACUUGAAUAUUAACGUUGUGCAUUUUUGAUAUUUUGAAAUGGUUAGGGAAUAAUUUUGCACGAAUUGCUUUAAUUAUCAGUAUAAAGUACUAUCAUUUAUGUGGUAAAAUACAAUAGUCAUUUAUUGUGCUAUCGUACACAAACAUGACAAUUUAUAUUACAUUAAAAAUUGAACUACUGGCAUCAAUGACAUUGUAACAGUUUUUCUAUCAGGUUACAUGUUCGUCGUACGAAUUUUCAGUCUGUCGAAUCUGUCGGUCACGUGACCUGUCGCGAGUUUACCAUUUUAUCCCCAUCACAAAAAGUGCACAGCGCCGCUAAAGAAGUUUUCACUUCAAAAAACACAUCAUCUUCUAAUUAAAACACUUAGUCAAAUCUCUCCUUGUAUACAGUUUAAAAAUUACUUGACAACUACUACAUAUUUAUGUUAAUGAGUUUUUCGGAACUUAUGUACGAAAUAUCAUUUGAUAUUUACCAGUCGCUUUUCGGUGAAAGAAAACAUCGCGAGGAAACCGGACUAAUCCCAACAAGGCCUAGUUUACCCUCUGGGUUGGAAGGGCAGAUGGCAGUCGCUUUCGUAAAAAUUAGUGCCUACGCCAAAUCUUGGGAUUAGUUGUCAAGCGGACCCCAGGCUCCCAUGAGCUGUGGCAAAAUGCCGGGACGACGCGAGGAAGACGACAUAUUUAUGUUAAAGAAAAAAAUAAAUAAACGAAAACAUAAGUACAAGUAUAGGUAGGUAGAGAGGUAAGUUUAUGUUAAACAUUUAUGAAUUGUAAGUGGACAAGAUUAAUUACAUUUUUUAAAUCCAACAAACCGUUGAGAAUCGUUUGUCAUUAUCGGUCAUUUUGAUAUUUGUUUGUUAUACUCUGUAUAUUUAGGUAGGUAUUUAAAUAAAAGUUAACAGACAAUUUGUAAAUUUUCGGGUAGUUAUAGCAUUACUGGUUAAACAAACAAAUACAUAACCGCCUGGAACUGUCACUGAACGACGUGACUUUAACUUAUGUAUAUAUUGAUUUCGUAUUUCUUUUACAUAUCGAUCGUCUAUGACCCAAAGCUAUUCAGAUACAAAUAAUAUUUAGAUUCUACUAUUAUUUAAUUUUUUAAGAAUACUUGUUGACUUGAUUAUAAGUGCCUUAAAAUAUUGACUGUGAAAAUAAAUCGAAUAUUAGUUUAACCAAACAUAAGUACAAAGACGUAAUAAGAAUAAGUAUUAAAUAGUCAAUAAAUACUUACUGUGACAAUUUUUAGUUUUAGGAUGAUUAAAAUAUUUUCGAUGAAGGAUUACUGGACUCCAUGCUUAUACAAAAUAGUAUACUUAGUUCAAAAUGGAUAAGUGUACGUUUACCCGUAUUGACCUUAGUAGAAACUUUUCAACUUGUAGCAAUCUUUACGGCCGAUACCGAUGGACUGCAAUUUGUAUGGGAACUGCACGCCAACUGCAACGUCGGUGUGCAGUUCCCAUACAAGUUGUAGUCCGUCUGUACUGGCCCGUAGAGCUUGCCGCUAAAUGGCAUGCACUGUGCAACCUAACCCAAGUAUAAUUUUGUUCUGUGAAUGUAUUAAUAUAUGUGACCGCGGCUGGAAAAACGUCCCACUUUGUCGUUGGCCAUAAGGACGAGAUUUGCUUGUAUCUUUAUACGAAUAACAUAUCAAGGCGUCCUUAUGACAAGCGACAAAGUGGGACGGUUUGCCGGCCCCGGUUACAUAUAAGUACGUUGCCUUAUAAUUACAAAAGUCUAUAAAUGUUGUCUGAAAUAUAAAUCUUUAUAAAAUUAAAUAUAUGAACAGUUAUUUUUAAUCAAUACGAAUGCUGAAACAUUAUUUUUAGCGUCUAAAAUAUGAAAAUUUUUAAUUGAUGCCGUCUAACAGAAAAAUAUUCAAUCAAUAGAUCAUCGAUCGAUCGUUUUGAUUAAACCAUUUUUGUCAAUCAAUCGAUUGUCGAUCGUUAACUCUCGCAGUAACUACUAUCGUUACUCCACCGAACUCCGAUUCAUAUACUAGCCGUGUCUUAUCCAACCUCGACAUUGGCAGAAUCAUCAACACCUUGAUGGAGCUGGAGCCAUAACACGAAAAAUUGAUUGAUUGAAGUUUGCAUGGAUACAAUAUUAAUUACUAUGAGUUUGACGGAUGAUUUAUUUUUAAUCUAUAUGUUUCUCUAUCUUUUCUCAAAUAAACUAAAGUCUUCUGAUCUUUUGAAAAUACUUGUAAUAUAGAUUUUAUGGCUAUUAAAACAAGAUAUAAAAUCAAAUUUAUAAAAAUCAUCUGCCAAACAAACUCUAAUCUCUGCAAUUAGAAAUAUUUUCGUUACAUUAGAUUGAUAUUCUAUUGUUUGUUGAUUUAUUCUAAAAUAAGAAUGUACCGAUUAACGGUGCGGUCGCAUUUUUUUUUUCAUUUACUGACAUAUAUAUAGUUAGUUUUUUAGCAUAACAAAAAAGGUAAACAAUCUUGACGUGUCUUUUUAUUGAAAAUCGCUUUUUAAAAAUUGGGUUGUAUCACUCAUGAAAGCAAAAUAAUGUACAUAAUCGUUUAUGAUUUAUAAUUGUUACAUAUUGGCUGUGGCUUAUUUUACAAAUGUGUUUUUUCGCUCAAGUCGUCAAGAUUGCUUCCCUUCUUUCUAUUGCUAAAAGAAAACACACUAUUGAUCUUCGAAUUCUAUGAAACUCGACAUGUUUAAUUUUUUUUUUAUAUUUUCAAAGUUGAUUAUGAAUAAAAAAUCGUUUAAUCAUAAA